CGCGAGAGUUGACCACACCGGCCGUCUUUUGCACUCAAAAUUUGUAUGCAAACCCAUCAGCGGAGGUUGCCAAGUCACUUGCAAAUUGCCAUCGUAACUCACACCAAACUCUAUCUCUCCUCCUCCUCCCUCCCUCCCUCCCUCUCUAUAUCCAUGGAUCAAAGAACCUUAGAGAUCAAUGUCAUCUCUGCAAGAGAUCUCAAAGAUGUCAAUUAUAUCUCCAAAAUGGAUGUGUAUGCUGUUGUUUCCAUCUCUGGUGAUGACUCAAAACAACAACCCAAGCAAAAAACCAAAACCCCAGUAGAUAGAGCUGGUGGAAAAAACCCCAAUUGGAACUUCCCUAUAAAAUUCACUAUCCCUGAAACCCCACUUGCAGAAAACCGUCUGAGUCUUGUUUGCAAGCUUAAAUGUGAGCGUGCUUUAGGGGAUAAAGAUAUUGGUGAAGUCAACGUGCCAAUAAAGGAGCUUUUGGAUUCAGCUGGCAAUGGUAAAUCCAUGAAGUUUGUUAGCUAUCAGGUAAGGAAACCAUCAGGGAAACCUAAAGGUGAGAUUAACUUCUCUUUUAAGUUCAGUGAGAUUGAGAAAGUAGUGGUUCCUGAAGCAUCAUCAUCAGCAGCGAAGGCAACUAAUUCCAACAGUCAGCCUGUAGCUGCAUAUCCUGCGGGGCCUACCUCUGUUCCUUAUGGUGGACCUGGCUCAUAUCCACCACCCCCACCUGGAUAUGGAUAUCCACCUCCACCACCAUUUGGCGGAUACCCACCGCCUCCACCACCAGGUUAUGGAUACCCACCUCCUCCACCUGGAUAUGGAUAUCCACCUGUUCAAGGGGGGUAUGGGUACCCACCACCAGUGCAAGGGCAGCAGCCGCAAAAGAAGAAUAAAUUUGGGAUGGGCCUCGGGGCUGGAUUGCUAGGAGGAGCUAUUGGUGGGCUUUUGAUUGGAGAUAUGGUGUCUGAUGCUGCAUCUUAUGAUGCAGGAUUUGAUGAUGCUGGUGGGUUUGAUUUUUGAGGGUUUUUUUUUUUUUUUCCAUGUUAAUUGAAUGGUAAUGGUUGGCUUGGAAAUGGUGGCUUUUGACUUUUCUACGUCUUUGAUUUUUUCUCUUUGGAUGGGUGUGGUUGCUGGGCCAAGAACACUAGGAUAUGAUAUCACAUCACUCUUUAGUAUUAAGAUUUAGGCUUCUAAGAUAUCAUCCUCUAUUCUAUUGUAUGCAUCAUGUCAUGUAAUAUUCUACAACAGUUUAUUACAUUUUCUACAAAAUAAUUUCAUCUUCUUUAUUUCUCA